AUGUACCAUAUAAGAAUAGAAGAGAACGGUUUUGCGACAUGGACACUAGCUCAACUCAGUAUUGGAUACUGUUUAUAUGAUGGGAAGGGGACCCUUGAGGAAGGGGAAACAGCUGAAGCUCAAUUCAUCAAGAUUCAAGCAGCUUAUGAACUGCUCAUGGAUGUGGAGAAGCGAAGGCAAUAUGAUCUUGAUAAUCGAGUCAACCCCAUGAAGGAUUUUUUUUCCUCAUUUUUUGUGCAGCUUUACUGUUUUGAGGAUCGAGGAAAUCGUCGAGUUGCAUUGAGGCCUGAACUUACUCCUUCUCUGGCAAGGCUUGUGAUACAGAAAGGAAAAUCUGUAUCCCUCCCAUUAAAAUGGUUUGCUGUUGGACAGUGCUGGCGAUAUGAGAGAAUGACUAGGGGGCGGCGUCGUGAGCACUACCAAUGGAAUAUGGAUAUCAUUGGUGUACCUGAUGUAAUAGCUGAAGCUGAGCUUAUAUCUUCUAUUGUCACCUUUUUCAAGCGAAUCGGGAUCACAACAUCAGAUGUUGGGUUUAAGAUUUCAAGCCGGAAGGUUUUACAAGACGUUUUACAGUGCUAUUCCAUCCCAGAUAAUCUGUUUGGCAAGGUUUGCAUCAUUAUAGACAAGAUGGAAAAGAUUCCAAUUGAUGAGAUCAAGAAAGAGUUGAGGUCUGCUGAGUUGUCAGAUGAGGCUAUUGAGGAGCUGCUGCAAGUACUCUCUAUUAAGUCUUUAACAAAGUUGGAAGAGAAACUUGGAGCAGCAGGGGAAGCAGAAGUAAAUUCUCUUAGGUUGAGUAACCGUCAGAUAAGCCUCUUGCUUUAUUCAGUUUGGGCACAAUCCAUCUCUCCUGCAAAUAUGCUUGGCAACUAUGAAGUAAUUGCUCAUACAUACAACCUAGUGUUGUUGUUCUCUCAUGAAUAUUAUUUGGAUUGUGAAAGUUUCAUCUAUGUUCAUAAAGUCUUGAGGAUGGUCAAAAAUGGGGUGUCUACAGUGGCCAUUCAAGAAUGGAUUAAGUUUGGGGAUAUAGGCCAGUUUGAAUUGCAUUUGAAUGAGUCCGAAGAGGGUGCAACAUUGUUUACUUUGAGUGCUCAACCUGUCUUAAUUAGCGAAGUUGUAGAGGCACAACAAGGGGACCGUGAAGUAGAGUUAAUUCGGCGUUACAGUGGGCGGUAUGACCGAUUACUCUCUACUUUUGGGGGUGAUGACAUUCCUGCCUGUGGCUUUGGAUUCGGUGAUGCAGUAAUUAUAGAACUGCUCAAGGAGAAAGGGCUUAUUCCAGAAAUAGGUGAGCAAGUAGAGAACAUUGUGUGCCAUCUGGAUCCUGAUCUUCAAGAUGCAUCUGCUGCUGUUGCUACCAUUCUCAGGGAAAAAGGCCAAAGUGUUGAUUUGGUGUUGGAGAACAAACCACUUAAAUGGGUGUUCAAACGGGCAGCACGGAUAAAUGCCCGGAGGCUUGUGUUGGUGGGAAGUUCUGAGUGGCAAAAAGGUAUGGUUAGUGUAAAAAUCCUUUCAUCUGGUGAACAAUAUGAAAUUGAAGUUGACAAGCUAGAGUGAGAAAAGUUAUAUAUAUAAAUAUUGUUUUUUGGUUCCCCUUUCAAGCAAUUGUUGAUUUGUGGUGGGAUAAUAAUAUAUGUAUGAAUUAUAUCAGU